GCAGCUAUGAAAAAGAACCAGACGAUGCAGGGCACCUUCAGCAAACUCUUUGGGAAGAAGCAUGCCAACCCCUCCACCACGUCCCUCUACGCCACUAACCCACCCUGGAUUUUCACCCAAGAGACCCCAGAGGAGGGGACCAGGGACUUUGAUGGGAUCUACUAUGGAGACAAUCGGUUCAACACUGUGAGCGAGUCCGGGACAGCCACUCUGAAAGCACGCCCGAGAGUCCGGCCUCUGUUGACUUUCAUUCCCCUGAAUGCCCAGGAGAACCAUGGCCUGGCUGUGCCCACCCCCUCUGUCCCAGAAGAUUUUGCAGACAAAGAAGGUACCAGCUCACUGGUCAACGGCAACCUCCGGCUGUACAGCUCUGUGAGCGACCUGAGGCCUGUACACUAUGACCUGGAUUCAUCCAUACCCCCGCCUCCCCCAGGCCCAGCCCCAGGGCCACCACAGGACACUUCACAGCCUCCAGGGGACUCCUCUCCCCCACCACCACCUCCUUCCAUCCCUCCUCCUCCCCCUCCUCUGCUGGUGGAGCCCCCACCCCCACCCAGCACAGCCCCGCCUCCACCCCCAGUAUUGGACAGCCUAUCUCCUUCAUCUACCCUCUCCCCACCAUCCACACCCACCCCUCCUGACUUCAUCCCUCCUGCCCCACCGUCAGCUUUUCUAACCCCGCCUCCACCACCUUCUUUGCCAGCCCCAGGACCCCCAGCUCCAGUCUCUCCUCACACUCCCGGAAUUCGUCUCUUCCCCUCUGGGGGUAUUAUCAAAUGGAAAUCAGAAGUAGCUCUCAAUGGCAGGCAGCCAGAAGACCCCAGAACCAGCCCCCCCAAAAGCCCUGCUGAACUAAAGGGGAGAUCUCUAGGGCCGAGCCCAGAACCCCACCUCACCUUCCCCAGGUCAUUUAAGGUGCCGCCCCCAGCCCCAGUCAGGACCUCAUCUAUCCCAGUUCAGGAAGCACCAGGGGCUCCUCCAGAGGAGGAAGAAGGCACCCAGAAGACCCCCACCCACCUCGCACUGCCUCUCAGCUUCAACAUCCGCCCUGCAACUCAGGUUUACCCAGAGAGGGCCCCAGAGGCACAGCAUCCCAGAGAGCCCAGGCCUGAGACACCAGGCAGCCCAAGGCUCAAGCAGUCUGAAUCCCAGAAAACCGGACAAGCUGGAGGGCCACCGCCAGCCCCUCCCUUGCCUCCACCCGCUCCCCCACUCCCUCCGCCAGCACCCUCCCUGCCCCCAGCUGCUCCCCCUUUGCCCUCUACUGAGCAGGCAGCCCCUCCGCCUUCUGGAUUUAUGAAGACCCCCAGAUCCAGCUCACCUGCUCUCAACACCAAACCCAACCCCCCCAGUCUGGAGGACACAGAUCCAUCAGAACCUGUUGACUGGAGGGACCCCCGACAGAUGGAGAAGCUUCGAAGUGAACUGGCAGCCUAUCUCUGUGGGUCCAGGAGAGCUGACCGGUCACUCGGCCACAGGCCAGUCUCCAUGGUGGCAUUGAAGGACAAAGAGACCAAGAAGGACACCAGCCUAUCAGAAGAAGAGGGAGCUCCUCCAAGCCUGCCUGAGAAGAUACAACCCUGUGCUCCUGAAAAGAGCCCCUCCAGCAACAGUCUGCCAGAGCGAGGAGCCACCAGCAGCUUGGCCCUACCCCCUGUGGACUACAUCUCCCAGGAUACUCCAGCUCCCAGCGUCAGGCAGAUCCGGAAUGAGCUAGAGGCUCGCUUUGGCUCCUCAGCCGAGAAAGAUGCCAAGCCCAGCUUAGCAUCUCUGCCUCCCAAACCCCGCCUGGAAGGGGGAAGACUCUUUGAAAAUGGGACUGACAGUGGCAAAUCCCAUAAGCCUGUCACCAGGAAUCCUCCCCAGCUGUCUGCCACCCCUCUGCCUACCACAACACUCCAGUCCAAGGCUGCACCUGGUCCAGCCACUUCACCCAAGGCCACACCUGGGCCAGCCACAUCAUUCAAGCCUACAUCUGGGCAGGCCAUGUUAUCUAAGGCCACACCUGGCCUAGCCUUACCACUCAAGCCUACACCUGAGCAGACCACAUCACCCAAGGACACACCUGGGCAAGCUGCACCUCCCAAGGACACAUCUGGACAUGUUACACCUCCCAAGGACACACCUGGGCAUGCUACACCUCCCAAGGACACACCUGGGCAGGCCAUCCCAUCAUCUCAGUUGCUGGCAGAGAAGGACCUUGCCGCAGUUAGGCAGAGAGAAAAGCCAGAAUCUCAAGAAAAUGCAGGGGCCACGCAACUGUCCAGGAAUGGCGUCCCCUCACCUCCAGCCCUCUCACCAAAGAUGUCUACUGGUGGAGAAGAGGUGCCAUCAUAUCUCUACAGACCCCAUUGCAGCCAGAACAGCCAGAGCCGAGGGGUCGCUGUAGUGAUCCCCACCCGGGCCAGAGGAGAGACUACAGGCUCAGGGGGACUAGUGGACGAAAAAGAGCCCCAAAGCCAUCCAGCCAAAGCUCUCACCCCAGUCCAGCCUACUGACCAACUCCUCAGACACCCGGUGACUGGGGAGGUUGUGGAAAGGGGCUCCCCGAUGGCCCUGCUCCUCGCAGCCAGACAGAGGGCCCAGAAGACUAGGCCUGGAGGGACUGCAAUAGGACGGUCCUCUCUGCCUGGGAGUCUCCGUGACCGUGACCGUGGCAACCAAGCAGAGGCCAGCUCCGACAGUAUCUUUUACAGAGGUAGCCGGCCCAACUCUUUCAUUGUGGUCCCUAAGGUACCCAGUGAGACAGAGGACUCCCACCUGACGUCAGCACGGCCCACUGGACCCAGUCUGUGGAAACCCCAGCAGGGACAAGAUACAGAGGGCUCAGAGCCAGUCCACAGGCACGGGUGGACCAAGGCUGAGUCCCCGGCCCCUGUGGCCCAGGAAGGACACGCUCCCUCAAGCUUACCCCAGAGCCGCGCCCUCCCCAAGUCUUUCUCUUCUCCGCCCUCUCCUUCCUACAAGAGGGCAGAGGAAGAAGAGGGCGAGGAGGAGUUCGGCUUUGACAUCAUCCCGCCGCCACCAGAGUUCAGCAAUGACCCGGAGCCCCCCGCCCCGGGGCUGCAGCAUCAGGGCCGUCGCGGGUCCCCACCCAGGAGCAAUUUCUCUGACUUGGGGCAUUCCCUGGACGCCGGCCCCGGGGCCAAUCCGGCUCGCGGAUUCUCUCGCUUCCCCGGCGCUCAAUACCCCGGCCCCGGGGGCCUAGAUCGCUUCUCUGGCAGCGGACGCUCGCUCAUCAAGAAACGUCUGUACGUCGGGGAACCCCACUGCAACCCCGGGACGCCCCGCGGCGGCACCGGCCGCAGCCUGAGCUCCCCUAACUGCUUCGGGCCACAGCCGGGAGGCCCCGAGAUGCGACGGGUCAACUCGGCUGGCCGCGCGGGCCCCGGAGGCCUGCACACACGGAGGCUGUCGCUGGAGGGCGCCCGGGGCGCGGCAGAGGUCAAGUACAAGGCGCCCAGCGGCGGCGGCGGUGUUAGUGGCAGCAAAGCUGGGGACUAUGGCUUCGUUCCUGCCAAAGGCAGCAGGCCUUCCCACGGCACCACCCACUACGGAAGCCCCAUCAACACGUUCACUGUGAGGCCUGGGACCCGCCAUCCCAUCUCCUAUGCCUACUCUGGGACCCAUCGGAAAGCCACUUCCUGAGCUGUGGUUCACACCGCUGACUUUUAGGGGUUGGAUCUGAGCAGUUGUUUUGCGAGGGG